AUGAUGCCCCCACACCACGCGGAUGAUGCCCCCACUGUGUUCUACCCACUCUCUGACAUCCAGAGAGCAGGAGGUGCUGAACUCCAGCGUAGAGCCUCCAUCAGGAACUCCCAGAGGCUGCCCUAUAUUCAGCCCUACACCGCCAGCCUGGACCACACUCUCCUAAGAGAACAGGGGAGGCAUCAGGGACUCAGAGACAACCAUUCCCUGCCUUGGUUUGUAGUAUCGGAGGAUGCUGUACAGAGUGUGAACUCCCCCGUCUCCCCCUCGCCCCUGCUCCGCCCCCUACUCUUCAGAAGACCUCCCCCCCGAAGAGGCCCUGAGGGACCCCGAGGACCCAGACCCGAAGAGGAAGUGUCCCCCCCACCACAGCACCCAGACUAUCCCGACCCCCAGGAGCCAGAGCUCCCUGACAGCCGGCCAGAGACCCCCGUCACCCCUGACCACACUCACGAGCACAGCGGUGGCGGCCACUGCCAUGGUCACCACCACCACCACCACCAUCACAGUGGCGGUUGCCAUGGUCACGCACACGGUCACGUGGACAGCCUGGACGACUCCAGCUCGGACUACGUGAACAACACAUCCGACGAGGAUGAGGAAGAGGAGGAGGAAGAGGAGGACUACGACGAGGGCCUCCCCGAGGAAGAUGAAGGGGUGACCUACUACAUCCGUUACUGCCCCGAGGACGACAGCUACCUGGAGGGCCCCGCGGACUACCACGGUGCCCCUGAGCCACCUCCGCUCCCGCCUUCCCCUCCGGCCGACACGGACGAGUGCCAGGAGGCGGUGGAGGAGUGGGUGGACGAGGUGGGGAGCGUUCUCCGCUGCGAGGUUCUCGAGCAGGACGCCGACGACCAGCAGUUGUACGACGGGCGACCCGAGCCCGUGCUGGACCACCUGCGCCCUCAGCAGCCCCCGGCCACACACAGCACCCACAGCACCGACCUGGUGGAGGACACUGGUACUGCGGCACAGGGGCAGGAGGGUGAGAAGGUGGGGGAGGAGUACCUGCCCAAUGACGAGGAGGAGGUGGAGGAUGAAGAGGAGGAUGAGGAGGAAGAGGAUGAGGAUGGCCGAGUGAGAGGGGACGGACGAGGUUACGCUGGCGAAUAUUACGGUGGCCCGGAGGACAAUGGGAACUCGGUGUGUGCGUCUCAGUAUCGGGGGUCAGUGGGGGCGAACGAGGGCGCGGUGGUGGUGGGGUCGGGCGGAGAGGAGACCGAGGAGGACAUCGACCAAAUCGUGGCGGAGAUCAAGAUGAGCAUGAGCAUGGGCAGCCUGAGUAGCGCCAGCGGCAGUGCCAGCGCCACUGACCAGAGCCCUGACGAGCUGGCACUGGACCCUGCGCCCGCCUCCGUGCCCAACAGCGCCUCCUAUCCACCCGAGGCCCGCGCCAAGCCCCAGGGCACCGGCCCCCACCCCUCAGCCCCACAUCGCCACGACGGCCGGCCCAAGUCCCUCAACAUUCCCCCGGCCCGACACAACCCGGACGGGCAGAGGGGCUUCAAGGUGCAGCCGCGCAGUCCGGACGAGAGGCAGAGAUGGGCACAAGAGCAGGUGACCAAUAAUGCGGAACAGCCCAGGAAACAGCAGCGUUCCGACCUCAACGUUCCGCUGGAGAACAACAACGUUCCGGAGCCAACAAAGAAGACAACCGCCUUCCCCAGCUUUGUGGAUGUGCCAGGCCCGUGUGAGCCAGAGGACCUGAUCGAUGGGAUCAUCUUCGCCGCUAACUACUUGGGCUCUACGCAGCUGCUGUCAGAGCGGAACCCGUCUAAGAACAUCCGCAUGAUGCAGGCCCAAGAGGCCGUCAGUCGUGUCAAGAGGGUACAGAAGGCUGCCAAAAUCAAGAAAAAGGCGAGCCCGGAAGGUGAUGCCCAGACUCUGACUGAGGUUGAUCUCUUCAUUUCAACCCAGAGGAUCAAAGUCCUCAAUGCAGACACACAGGAGACCAUGAUGGACAACGCGCUGCGGACGAUCUCGUACAUUGCGGACAUUGGGAACAUCGUGGUGCUGAUGGCGCGUCGGCGCAUGCCCCGCACGGCUUCGCAGGACUGCAUCGAGACCACGCCCGGCGCACCCGAGGCCAAGAAACAGUACAAAAUGAUCUGCCACGUGUUCGAGUCAGAGGAUGCCCAGCUCAUAGCCCAGUCCAUUGGUCAGGCGUUCAGCGUGGCCUAUCAGGAGUUCCUGAGGGCCAACGGCAUCAACCCCGAGGACCUGAGCCAGAAGGAGUACAGCGACAUCAUCAACACGCAGGAGAUGUACAAUGACGACCUCAUCCACUUCUCCAACUCCGACAACUGCAAAGAGCUGCAGCUGGAGAAGCAGAAGGGUGAGAUCCUGGGCAUCGUGAUCGUGGAGUCAGGCUGGGGCUCCAUCCUGCCCACGGUGAUCCUGGCCAACAUGAUGAACGGCGGCCCGGCCGCGCGCUCUGGCAAGCUCAGCAUUGGGGACCAGAUCAUGUCCAUCAACAACACCAGCCUGGUGGGCCUGCCACUCGCCACCUGCCAGGGCAUCAUCAAGGGCCUGAAAAACCAGGUUCAGGUGAAGAUGAACAUCGUGAGCUGCCCCCCUGUCACCACUGUACUCAUCAAGAGACCUGACCUCAAGUACCAGCUGGGCUUCAGUGUGCAGAAUGGCAUAAUCUGCAGCCUGAUGCGCGGAGGCAUCGCUGAGCGAGGUGGGGUCCGCGUGGGCCAUCGCAUCAUCGAGAUCAAUGGGCAGAGUGUGGUGGCGACGGCCCACGAGAAGAUCGUCCAGGCGCUCUCCAACUCCGUGGGCGAGAUCCACAUGAAGACCAUGCCAGCAGCCAUGUUCCGUCUCCUGACUGGUCAGGAGACUCCCAUGUACAUAUGAACCACCACCCAGAGUGACCCAGAGUGGGGGGGUGAGGACAACAUGCCGCAGGCCGCGGGCAUUUAACAGAGCCAUCAGUACCCAGACAUCAGCAGAGACGAUUUCGCAGAGCUGCCAACUCUCACACAUUGAGAGUGAGAUUCAUUCAUUUCAUUGGCUCCACACGCUCUUAGACCGAUCGAAUGCGUGAGGGUUGGCAGCUCUGCCGAUUGACACACUCCUCGCUCCCAUUCCUCCAUCCCUCUCUCUCUCUUCAUCCCUCUCUCUCUCUUUAGUCGUUCUUCAUCCCCCAAUCACCAGUCGCUGUUUUGUCUACUCCUCCAGUCUUCCCAUCCCUUCUGUCCGUCAUGUGACCGGUUCACCCCGCUUCCUGUCCUUCUUGUGGCUUCAGACAGCUCAGCUCAGCUUCACAGGGUUCAGAGGUGGUCCCCUGAUAUAAUGCCAAUGUUAUUUAUUAGUUCUGUUGUUGUUUGUGGAUUGUCAUGUUUUAUCAGGAGGGAAGGUAGUAAGAGACAUCACAAAUUAUUUUUAUAUGCUUAUAAAUAUUUACUUGUAAAUCCUUACUGCAUCUUACAUCCAGUCAUACCUUAGCUCUGCUUUGUUUUUUGGAAAGAAUCACUCGUAAUUUUUGUUUGUUUGUCUUUUCAAAGAAAGAUCCAUGUGUUAAUCUCAGCUGUAUAUAUAGCCAGCCAUAUCACAACAAACUCACAUACAUGAAGAAGGGAGAGGCAGACUUUCCAACCCUCAUCGUGGCUUCAUGAAGGGCUAUACUUUUGCAUGUCCACAUGCCAUGACUCCUGGAAUAACCAACACAAGCACAGUUUAUCAGUUAUCAGUGCAGCAAUCAGCAAUCCGAUGGUUAGCUUACCUUAAGCAUUGUGUGACUCAUACAGUGCCAAUCAUGCCUAACAGUUGCUACCCUACUCGUUAACAAGUUACUACAGCCUGGUUAUUAAUCCAUGUAAUGCAUCACCAUUUAAUACAUAAUCUGUCAAAAACAAAGAUAAAGCCAGUUCUUGGAUAGAACCCGUAACACCUUCUACAUAGGACUGUGAUGUAGGGGUUCUUUUGUAGAACUUUUUUUAACCAUCAAGAUGAUAGGUUCCAGCUUCAAAAGUUUUAAGUGUAAGCUUGAAGUAGAACCUCAAAAACUUAAUUUCUUGUCCUCAUAAUGGAACUGCCAUCCGAUACAUGCACUUGCAUUUGGACAUCAGCUCUCUUUUGUUGUUUUAAGAAUUGUAAUUCUGUGUGGACAAGCUGAGGCGCCUGUUACUCUGAGGGCCUACUCAAAGUCAUGUAAAUAUUGCAGCUGAACAUAAAUAAGAAUCUCUUCAUUACUUAUCAUCAUUUCUAAUUCAAUAAGAUCAUUCAUCUUUGAACUGGUGUACAGAACUCUAAAGAAUGUGUUUCCAAAAGGGCCGUGUUCCAUUCCAGAAGCUCUCUUCCUUUCUUUUGGGCAUUACCAAUGGAACAGAUGUUUAAUGGGUCCUCUUUCAUUGUUUUGCGGGAAUCCUAAGCUGUGUGUACUAUGUGCGCAGUGCAACGCAUUUUACGUGCCAUUAUGUGUACACACACCAGACAGCUCCUGGCUUAUUGUAAUAACAUAAAAAAAAAAAUGUCUAAAAUGUUACCAUAUGUACUGUAAAUUAAUUUCUUUUAAAAACAAAACAAACAAGAAAUAACGAGGAAAAAAACAGAAACAAUGGAACAUCAAAUGUGUAACUGCAAAGUUUAUUUUUUAUGUGUGCAAUGUCGGUUCUUGUGCGUAUGUGUGUGUGUGAGUGUGUGCGACCAGGCAAGUCCAUGGUGAAUGUAACUGUGUUGUUUAAGGAAAAUGAUGUUUUGUUUUUUUUGUUUCUUUGGACACCUUAAGCAGUAUUGGAAUGUCUGUACAUAAAAAGUCAGUUUCAUCUCGUGUUGUGUGCUCAUCUCUACUCCACUGUUACUCUUGCGGAACAUCCUUAUCACAGAACGGACGUUUGGAUUGACGUUUGGCAAUAUGGGUACCACACUGUGAUGGAAAGCCUUACAGGAGAGUAAUGCUUUUAAAACACUGCAAAAUGUCUUAUAUGAAGAUGUAAACUCUGAAAACUAACGGUACAUUAUCAUUACUAGCUGUCUGCAUGUGAGUUUAAAGACAUCAUUAUGUCAAAAAUAACAAAUAAAAUGUAAAAUAACA